UUUCCCUUGUCCAGCUCAGAAUAAAUGGGUCCACAAAGGUCGAGCCUUUACUGAUUUCUCGCCGAUCUCAGAAUUUCCUAACCAGACGCUCAAUCUUCCCCUUCCUCUCCCAAAUCCAAUCCGCCUCCCUCCCAAGCUCCGAGGAAGGAGACUCCCCAUCAUCGAUUGUGCUCCUUUACCCGCUUUGGCUCCGGCCGCAAUGGUUGCUGUGAAAGAUGCUGCAGUUACCCAACCUGAGAAAACUCAGGUUCUUGCUACACGCCCUAGGAGCAAGAAAAGGACAAGGAAGACGAUGACGGAGGUUCUCAAUACCAUCGCUGCUCAAGAAUUGGAUCUUGAUCAAAGAUUGGACCGGCUGGAAUCAGGUAUUCGCGAAUUGCGCAGGGUCCUGUCGACAAUGUUAGAUGAAGUAAAAAGCUUGAAAGCGGAAAUAUUACAAUUGAGAACCAGAAGGGAAUUCCCAGGAGCUAUCCUCGCACCAGAGCCAAGCGUGAGUGAGUCUGCAUCAUCUUGCAUAACCGCAGAUCUUAGCCCCAGAAGCUGCGCAGAUUCAAGCUGCCCCUGGUGAUCUGGGAGAGGUUUCGUCGUGCAUGUGUAAUGGGGUUCCUUGUGCUAAGCUGCGUUUCACUGGGGGCUCCUUUUGAUGUUUACGGCAUGCUUUGUGAUUUCUGGUUAGUUGAAUAGAAAACGGGGGAAGCAAUAACUUGUUUGACUUUUUAGUCAACUGAUGUGCAGAUGACACUCAGUUUGUGUUUGGCACAAUGGACCUCAGGCAUAACCCAUUUUCUGUGCUUGUCGAGUAUGCUUUUCCAUGUCGAACCCAUGAUUAAACUGGCUGAGCUCGUGUUUAGAAAUACUCCGACUCGGCUAGCUUGCGAGGCUGAUUUAGUAGUUGGAUUCGUAUAUGUCUGACUGUUAUACACACAUUUUGAGUUCAAGCUUCACUAGAGAAGAUUGGAAGUUA